AUGUUCGAGGUCAGCGCGAGGACUGACGGCUGGCUGGGGCUCGGCCUCAGCCCCACCGGCACCAUGGCCGGCGCCGACAUCGUCAUCGGCUGGGUCGACGACGACAACCAGCAGUACUUUCAGGACUGCUGGGCGGCUCAGAACGGCCGGCCAUCUGUUGACAAAAAGCAGAACUGGCAGCUGCACACGGCGCGCAGGAAUGAGUCGCACACCAUGCUACGGUUUCGCCGCGACCUCUUCACGGGCGACCCCGAUGACGUGUACAUAUCGGGUCAGCCUGUGCACGUCAUUUACGCCUGGCGGGACACGCCGCCGGUGAGCCCGGACCGACUGCAGUACCACGGCCGCCAAGGCCGCGGCGUGGUCACGCUCUGCCUCCUGCACCCCGACUGCUUCCCCCCGGCCAGUGGUGCGCCACCGCCGGUCGGGACUAACCUGGCACCACUGGUGCUGCUGCUGCUGCUGCAGCGCUGGCCCGACUUCUAA